CCGGGCGUUCUCCGUUACUAUCGCCGCUGGGGCUGCCAGCGCGCCUCUGCCGCCGCCGCCGCCUCCUUCUCUGCUCUUCACCUCGCUCGUGCUCAGCCUGCGUGAGACGCUCAGGACAGAGCAGGAUUGGGACAGGGCAUGUUUCAUGAACCUCUCGCCUCGCCCACCAGCGUCUUCUUUCUCCCGGCUUUGAUCCACCUUUGACGAUCAUGGAGAAGAAGGUGGCGUUCUCACUAGGCUUGUUAUUGCUGCUUUCCGGGGGCUCAGCAUGGGCCAAGGAGAGCUGUCCCACCGAGAUGUACACUGUCAGUGGGGAAUGCUGCAAAGCCUGUAACCUUGGGGAAGGGGUCAUCCACCCCUGUGGGUUAAACCAAACCAUCUGUGAGCCAUGCCUGGACAGUGUUACCUACUCAGACACAAUGAGUGCCACAGAGCCGUGCAAGCCCUGUAAGGAAUGUGUGGGCCUGGAGAGCAUGCUGGCGCCCUGCGUGGAGUCAGAUAACACGGUCUGCAAAUGCAUGUACGGCUACUAUCGAGAUGAGAUGAGCAACGAAUGUAAAGAGUGCAAAAUCUGCGAAGUGGGCUAUGGCCUUGUCUUCCCCUGUGGGGAUUCUCAGGACACAAUGUGUGAAGAAUGCCCUUUGGGGACUUACUCCGACGAUGCCAACCACAUGGAUCCCUGUUUCCCUUGCACGGUGUGUGAAGAGGAUGAGAUCAUCAUCAAAGAGUGCACCACAAAAUCGGAUGCCGAGUGCAGAGCUCUUCACCCACGGUGGACAAUGCCCCCAACUAGAGCUCAGACGGAUGCCAAUGCCAGCACUACAGUCACAGACGCUGCACGCGAUUUUCACCCAGGAAGCCCCGAAAGCUCCUUACCUGUUACAAACGAUCCAAAUACUGAUGAUGUGAAGGGCACCGUGGACUGUGUCACAACCACUUCCCAGUCUGUGGUCCAAAGUGGCACUGCAGACAAUCUCAUCCCUGUUUAUUGCUCCAUUUUGGCAGCUGUGGUGGUGGGCCUGGUGGCAUACAUUGCUUUCAAGAGGUGGAACAGCUGCAAGCAGAACAAGCAGGGUGCCAACAACCGCCCCGUCAAUCAGACGCCUUCGCCUGAAGGGGAGAAACUCCACAGCGAUAGUGGCAUCUCCGUUGACAGCCAAAGUCUCCAUGACCAACAGCCGCAGACACAAACUUCAUCGAUGCAAGGUCUUAAAGGAGAUGGUAAUCUUUACACCAAUCUGCCAGCCAACAAGCGGGAAGAAGUGGAGAAGCUGCUGAACGGUUCCACUGAGGAGACCUGGCGCCAUUUGGCAGGGGAGCUGGGCUACAAGGAAGAUCUCAUAGACUCCUUCACCCAGGAGGAAUACCCCGUCCGUGCAUUGCUGUCCGACUGGUCCAGCAAGGACAGCGCCACAAUGGACGCCCUUUACUCUGCCUUGCGGAAAAUCCAACGGGGAGACAUUGUGGAAAGCCUUUACAGUGAAUCCACUGCAAGCUCGCCAGUGUGAAGUGGGGAGAAGGGGCAGAGGUGCUCCAGGCAGCCCCUCUGGGGGUUCCCCUUCACCCUACUCUUUCCUCACUGGUACCUGUCGGGGAGAAAACAUGUGAAGGAAACAAAUGGAGCUGGUUCCUGUCCCUGAUCUGCCAUUUUAGGAGAAGCUGGAACAACCCCGUAUUCACUGACUUGGUGUUGUUGUAUUUUUCUCUCCCUUGUAUUUUGAUCCAAUACCUCUUGCUGGUUGCAGACUGUUAAGCUGAGACAAAAGAAGUGGAGGAAGGUAACUGGGGCAAGUAUUUUGUUUUUGUUUUCUCCUGGACGGACAGCAUUUCGCUGGUUCUGCUAAAAGGGCAAGCCAAAGAAUCACAUUCAGUCAAUGCCAAUUCAGCCUCUUUUUCAGGUGACUCGGUUUUAAACAACCAUCUUGGGAGUCUCUCCGUUCCCAUCAAUUUGAAUUCUUCCCCCAUGUUUUUAACCCCUCGCCUUUCUGUCACCAGCUCUUCCAUUUUAUAGUCACCUUGUCCCUUAGGUGGAGAAGUAUAUGGAGGCCUGGCUGAACCUGUUGAGUGUCUGAUGACAGCCUUGAAGAAAGGAGAAGGAGGAAGAUGAUUGAGCCUGGAGCAGGAGGAUAUGUGGUCUUGGGAGGACUCUGUGGACAUCUGUUUUGAGAGAACUUUCUACAGCAUCUCUGGAUGGUAGGGAGAGAGGGAGGGAAGGACAUGAUUUCUGUCUGUCCCACUGACACUGUGAAGAUCAAACAUUGAAGUUUAUGGAUGGAGCCAGAAGGGAGACCAUCCGCAUUUUUACCUGUGCACUAGUGAUGACAUUCAAGACUGCCCUUGAUCCCUGCCUUCUUUUUGCUCAGAUACAUUCCUACAGCUUGCUAAGCAGCAUUGAACCUUGUUCUGUGGCACAGAACUCUCUUCCUGGGUUUGAUCAAAGCUACCAGAGUCACAGACUGGAGAGCACUCAUUUAAAAGAGGUUAUAAGCCAUAAUGAAGAGGGUGGAACUAGUAAAGUUGAACAAACCAACCAAUAGGGCAACUGGCAUUCUGUAAUGGGUGUGAAUUAUUAAUCACUGUGAUGCUAUAAACCAAGCCAAAUGCCAGCGUCAAUUUUAGUCCAGAUAUUGUGUUGGUGAGACUAUAGAAGCUGUGCUCUACAUUCUUCCUCUGACUAGUGAACCAAUCACUGUGGUUUAUUAAAGCCAUUACCUUUGUUGCAUUUACAAGCAAGAUAACCCUGAAGUGGUCUGAAGGCUUAUGGUGGAAAAGGGUGUUGUUUUGGUUCAAUAUCAGUGGCUCCCAACCUUGGGUGACCCAGGUGUUCUUGGACUGCAACUCCCAGAAACCCUGGCCAACACAG